UCGGCCUUCGUCAAUCGAAAACAAAAAAUUCCCACCAAGGCCGCGCGACGCCGGCGGGCGGCAGCUGUGCGUGGAGCUGCGGAGGUACGGCGGCUGUUGGAAGCCGGUGGAAAUGAAGCCCUAUCUCGUCUUCGGCGCGGGGAACGCACUGAGGCGCAUUUGCUGAUGGCCCGCGCGGCGAGGAAUGGCGCCGCGGCCGCGCUGCUCUCGCCGCCGCCGAGUUUCUCCUCUCCCUCCUCCGCCGGGCUCCUGCCGCGGGCCCGUGACCUCGUCGGAAGGGCGACGGAGCCAGCCUUGUCUGGGACGCCCCGGGAGCGCGUGUGCGGCUCUGUUCUGGCCUACCUGGUCAAAGCCCGUGGCUUCCACGACGCGCGCGGGGCGUUCGACGGAACGCCUGCGAGGAGCCUGCCGGCGUGGACGGCGAUCAUCUCCGGCUGCGCGCGCGGAGGCAGGCACGCGGACGGCAUGCGCGCGUUCGCGCAGAUGCUGGGCGGAGGCGGCGCGGCCGCGCCCAACGCCUUUGUCCUCGCGGGCGUCCUCAGGUGCUGUGCAGGGCUCGGCGACGUCGAGUCCGGCAGGCGCGUGCACGGGUGGAUGCUGCGGAGCGGCGUGCGCCAGGACGUGGUGCUCUGCAACGCGGUCCUCGACAUGUACGCCAAGUGCGGCCACCACGACCGUGCCAGGCGGGCGUUCCGGGUGAUGGCGGAGAAGGACGCUGUCUCCUGGAACAUCGUGCUCAGCGCGUGUCUCCAGAGCGAGGACGUUCUGGGGGCCAUGCGGCUGUUCGAUCAGUCACCAUUGCGGGACAUUUCGAGCUGGAACACGAUCAUCAGCGGCCUUAUGCGGAACGGGUGCGCCGCUGAGGCGUUGGAUCGUCUGCAGCAAAUGGUGCGAGAUGGGGUUGUUUUCGAUCACUACACGUACUCCACAGCGUUUGCCUUGGCCGGGAUGCUGUUGUUGCUGGACCUGGGCCGGCAGCUCCAUGGUCGUGUCGUGAUAUCUGCUUUGGAGGAUGACACAUUUGUCUGCUGCUCUCUCAUGGACAUGUACUGCAAAUGUGGUGAAAUGGAGACUGCUUUGUCAAUCUUUGAUCGCUGGUCGCGGUCAACAGGAGACGAGAAAUUUGUAUGGAGCACCAUGGUCGCUGGGUACGUUCAGAACGGCAGGGAGGAGGAAGCUCUCGAGUUCUUCCGCAGGAUGCUACGUGAAGGAGUUACCGCAGAGCCAUUCGUCCUCACCAGUGUAGCUGCAGCGUGUGCACAUGCCGGAAUGGUUGAGCAAGGCAGGCAAGUGCAUGGAUUUGUUGAGAAGAUGGGCUGCAGAUUUGACGCACCCUUGGCAUCUGCCAUAAUUGACAUGUAUUCAAAGUGUGGUAGCCUUGAAGAUGCUUGCAGGAUGUUCGACAAGGCUCAGGCCAAGAAUGUUGCUCCAUGGACUACAAUGCUGUGCUCCUAUGCAUCUUAUGGGCAAGGAAGAGAGGCUAUAGAGUUCUUCAACAGAAUGAAAGUGGAAAAGAUUACACCGAAUGAGAUAACCCUUGUCGCUGUUCUAUCAUCUUGUAGCCAUAGCGGAUUAGUCAGUGAAGGAGAUCACUACUUCAAGCUUAUGCAAGAAGAGUAUGGAAUUGUUCCAAGCACUGAGCACUACAAUUGCAUGGUUGAUCUUUAUGGUCGAGCUGGACUACUUGACAAGGCAAAGAACUUCAUCGAGGAAAACAACAUCAGCCAUGAAGCUAUUGUUUGGAAGACAUUGCUGUCAGCCUGUCGACUUCACAAGCACAUGGAGUACGCAAAAUUGGCUUCUGGAAAGUUGGUUCAACUAGGACAAUGUGACGAUGGAUCAUAUGCUCUGAUGUCUAACAUAUAUGCCACCAACAGCAAAUGGCUUGACGCUUUGAAGCUCAGAAGUUCAAUGCAAGAAAGGAAAGCCAGGAAGCAGCCAGGCCAAUCUUGGAUCCAUCUAAAGAAUGCUGUGCAUACAUUUAUUGCAGGGGACAUGGCACACCCGAGAUCGGCUGAAAUUUAUGCUUACUUGGAGAAGCUGAUGGAGAGGCUGAAGGAAAUGGGGUACACAAGUAGAACCGAUCUUGUGGUACAUGAUGUCGAGGAGGAACAGAAAGAAACAACUCUGAAGUUCCACAGUGAGAGGCUUGCCAUUGCAUUUGGGAUCAUCAGCACCCCAAUUGGAAUGCCACUUCGGAUCUUCAAGAAUCUGCGUGUUUGUGAGGACUGCCAUGAGGCAAUCAAGUAUAUAAGCCGAGCCGUGAAUCGCGAGAUAGUUGUUCGAGACUUGCAUCGGUUUCAUCAUUUCAAAUCUGGUAGAUGCUCUUGUGAAGAUUUCUGGUGAAGGUCUUGCUCUAAUUGUUUCGGGUGACAAAUUUUAGGCUGUACUUUAUCUGCACUGCGCAACUUGUAGAGAUAGCAAUUGACAAAAAGAGCAAGGUUUGAUUAAUAGUACGUGGCUUUAAGAUAUCUCGUGAGUCAUGAUAUCUACAUCUUCUGCUAGUGGCUUAGCUCGAUAUAAGAUUUUGCUGAGAGCUUCGGUUCACCAUCAUUCGCCGAAGGGGCAUGUUAGCAAAAUCUCUCUUAGUGUGCUGAUAUGACUCUUUGCCUUAUUCGUGACAUUUAAUUAUUUGUUUAUUUUAUAGAUAAAAAUUGCUCAGUGCUGUAUUACAAUGCAGUUAUUCCAAUUUUAUUUUUGAAAUUUAUUUUGAAAAAUGAACCUUCUAUGCUACUGUGAAGUAUUUUUA